AUGCGAGCGUCGGCCGGGGAAGCGCCGGAGACCAAGGCGGGGGACUCCGGGAGCCGGAUCUACGGCGAGAGCAAUGACGGGGGGCAACCCUGGAAGAAGUUUGUGUAUGUUGAACCACCAAGGAGAGUCAGGGAAGUCCUUGAGGAAGAGCUGUAUUUCCAGAGGGAUGAGUGCAGAAUCAGACACCCUUCAGAAGGUGCUGCUGCCACCGCCACCAAUCCCCACUGCCUGGAACCACCCAAAAACGUAACGCAUAGAGGUCAAAAGCAGGGUGCGCAGAGGUGGGGCUGCCGCCGUGAGGCUUUUUUCGCUGCCGCUGCCUGCUGCACUCUGAUCGGCUGGUACACGGCCAGCAGCGUGAAGGACGCCAGGGCGCUUCAAAGCCCCUGGCGGGAGGAAAAAGACCCCGAGGCAGUGACGGUGCUGGUGUGGUGGGUGCCUUUCAGGAGCGGCGGCAGAGUCGCCGGCGGCUGCAUGCAAUUCAACAUCAGCGCCUGCCGCCUCUCCGCCAACCGCAGCCUCCUGCCCCAGGCGCACGCCAUCCUCUUCCAUCACCGGGACCUGCAGAGCCAUGGCCUCGCCCGGCUGCCCCGGCAGAGGCCGCGGGACCAGCGGUGGGUCUGGAUGAACUUUGAGUCACCCAGCCACACCGGGGGCCUGCGAGACCUGGGCAGCCUUUUCCACUGGACUAUGUCCUACCGAGCAGAUUCGGAUGUCUUUGUACCCUAUGGAUACCUCCAGCUUUGCCCGGAGCCCCUGGUCCAGUUGGCCUUGCCCAAGAAGACCAAGCUGGUGGCCUGGGUGAUCAGUAACUGGAAUGAAGAUCAAGCCCGGGUCGGUUAUUACCACCAGCUGAGAAGGUAUCUCCCCAUUCAUGUGUAUGGAUCUCACGGACUGAGGCUCAUGGACAACAACGUGGUGAAGACCAUCUCGGAAUACAAGUUUUAUUUGGCUUUUGAGAACUCCCAGCAUAAGGACUACAUUUAUAAAAAUUACAUAUGCUAG